AUGGCAGAAGUGAAGCGCAAGACGUAUACAGCAAAACCCACUUUUGGCGACACUGCGCCUUCGAAUACGAUACCGUUCCCCGAAAAAGCCAACAUGACCAUUGCCGAGAUCCUUGCCUUCUUUCCGAACAGCAUCAACUGCGUUGACGUCAUUUACCGGAUGAUCUCGAACGGCGGCACGCGCAAAGCCAUACACGCCAUUAUCAACACCUUUCGCGACUUCGAGGCUGACUGGAGCGCCAAUUGCUGCGGAGAAGCCAUGUACAAGACAAUGGAUAGGGCGGGUUACAUCGAUUGGACUAUCACGAAACACGAUCUCUGGCAUGAGAGUCGAAAAGCUUCGUGGGACGCGAAUCGACUGGACGUGGGGGAGCUCCGAGUGGCCGCGCUUGGUGUGCCAGUAGGGAAUGUUUCAUUCAGAGGCCUUGCUGAGAAUGUUCGAACGAUGCCAGAAGGCGACGACGCACUUGACCUGACCCGGAUGGUACAGUACUGCGUGCAGAAUUCUGAAGAUGGCUGGGAAUAUCCCAAGGACUACGAAGAGCUGCUGGAGCUGCUCGGAGGGCCGACUGAGGUACGAGAGCCAAAUGUUGAUGGUGCGGUGUUUAGGCGAUGGGAGAAUAGAAAGGCGCCGCCGCCCACACCGAGGCCAGCGCCGCCGUCUGCAGGUGUGGAACUGCUCGCCAAGUUGAAACAGACAAGACGACGGGUCAGCGACCCGAGAAGAAGGCCGACCGCAGGAAGAAGACCACGAACUGUUUCGCCAGGGCCGGGCUCAUUAAUGCAGCGCAUGGCUGCGAAAGAGACCGCGAAGAAGACAACGGAGAGCGCAGUCGAUGUGGGGGAAAUGAGCGGGCGCCGGCUUGAUGAGAGCAAUGGUACGGCGUACCGACGAGGACUAGCUGAGUAUGCACCGCUACCGUCGCCACCGGGCAUUACAAGCACCCCCACCUCAUUGACUGUUGUGCGAAUAUUCCAGGCUGAAGGGCCUACUGGCGAAACAGAUGCUUACAGCGCGUACGCCUUCGGAGGCCCUCGCCGUACGCCGCCGUACCGCCGCCUCGAGCAGAUCGAGCUACCACAUCCAUGGGAUGCCAGUGGCUGGGCGGAGAACCUGAGGUGGGCGUUUGAGCAGCGUGUGUUGUUUGCGCGAGAGUUUCCAGCGGUUUUGGAUUGGACUGAGAGUCCUGAGCACAUGGCGCAUAUCGAGCGUGUGAGGACGCAGCGCGUUUGGGCGUCUGACGAGCUGCUCGAGCAGCUGCUGGAGGGCGACUAA